UAAACAUUGAUGCCUUAGAUUGAGUGGUUUGCAGCGGCGGAUGGCUUUUCUGGAGCACGAAAUUGAGCGUAGUAGAGUCGAGUGGUUCCCGGUGAAUGGGUGUUCGCUGUAGCUAGCCGUUAGCGGGCCGUCCAUGUGUUCGAACAGAGACAAAGGCCAUGUUCAGCACCAACGCGAAAAUAGUGAAGCCUAAUGGCGAAAAGCCAGACGAGUUCGAGUCUGGGAUCUCCCAGGCUUUGCUCGAGCUGGAGAUGAACUCUGACCUGAAGGCUCAGCUGAGGGAGCUGAACAUCACUGCAGCAAAGGAAAUCGAGGUUGGUGGCAGCAGGAAAGCCAUCAUCAUCUUUGUCCCUGUCCCUCAGCUGAAGUCCUUCCAGAAGAUUCAGGUGCGUCUGGUGAGGGAGCUGGAGAAGAAGUUCAGCGGAAAGCACGUGGUCUUCAUCGCACAGAGGAGGAUUCUGCCCAAACCCACCAGGAAAAGUCGCACGAAGAAUAAGCAGAAGCGUCCGAGGAGUCGUACCCUGACCUCCGUCCACGACGCCAUCUUGGAGGACCUGGUGUUUCCCAGCGAGAUCGUGGGUAAGAGGAUCAGAGUGAAACUGGACAGCAGCAGACUCAUCAAGGUCCACCUGGACAAGGCUCAGCAGAACAACGUGGAACACAAAGUGGAGACCUUCUCUGGUGUCUACAAGAAGCUCACAGGCAAAGACGUCGUGUUUGAAUUCCCAGAAUUCCAGCUGUAAAAUUCUGCAGAUGACAAAAUAAAUUUGUUUACUGUC